AUGUAUCAACUUGCUUCAAUACAAACGGAUUCUUAUGGAUGGGAUGCCAUAUCAGCCAUCAAGCGAUACAAGAUCAUGCAAGAGAUUGGCCGCGACAGCUGGAUGGGAAAAGGAAGGGAUAUCAGCAGCGAUCAAAUGAUGGAUCUUUCAACCAACUUGCAAUGGCUAUGGGUGGAUGGGAAGGAUGAAUCACAUCACGUGGAUACGGUUGAGGAUGAUGAUGGAAGGUGCUUCACAGCCGUGGGUGACAUUGGAAUGCUCAAGGCAUUGCAUGCAGCAGCUAUUUUGAAAUCAUGGAUGAAGGAUGUUUAUGAUGGCAGCAACCAAGAAUACAAUGACACAAUACAAAGCUCUUUGUGA